UCCGUAUUCCAGCCUAUGUUUGGGUGGAAGUUGUUCAGAAAUGAAUCGGAUCAGAACCGCUGCUUCAUCGGAUCACAGCGCUGUCUCCUCUUCAUCACUACCUGGGUUCGGGCCGCCCUCACCAGAACCAGAGGCUCUUUAGUCUGCAUUCCUGCUGUUCUGCUUACGCCCACAUGGAGGCGCUGCAGGUGUCGAGCCGUCCGUGAAGCUCCCUGCAGGAACCGGGUCAGAGAGCAUUUGGACCGGCCUGGUCUGAUCCGAUUUUCUACUCAGAGGUUUUGGUUCUGUUCUGGUUCUGUGGGUUCAGAGGAGCUUCAGCAGAUCUUCUGGGGAGCGCCGGCGUCCUCGCUCCGGUUUCCAGAGAAGGAAGGAAAUAAUGCUGAUGCGGCGGAUCUGCUGACAGAAAACAUCAGAGGCAUGACCGAGGAGAAAUGCCCCCAGCUGGUGGACUACUUCGUGGUGGCGGGACUCGACCCCAAGGGGGCCUGGAGACCCCUGGACGAGGACGGGCGGAGCUCGUCCUCUUCCUCGCCGUCGUCCUCGCCGGCGCGGGCCUCGGAGCCGGUGACGGACCUGGUGGUGAUCUCUCGGGGUUUGGGCGAGGAGGUGCCCGAGGGCUUCACCUGCAUCGAGAAGACGCUGGGGGGGCACUCGGCCGAGCUGAGCGCCGGCCUCCUGAACAACCCCCACCUGUACCUGUGCUAUCGGCGGGGGCGGGACAAGCCGCCCAUCGUGGACCUGGGGGUUCUGUACGAGGGGAAGGACCUGCUGAAGACCAGUUGGUACGUCAUUGAGACCACGCCCUACAGCCGCUCGGCCAGCCUGAGCUCGGGUGGCGCCCCCACGGCUCACCGUGUCUUCCUGAUGUACCGACGGGCCACGGACUCCCAGGGUCUGCACACUCUGGGCGUCACCGACAUCGCGCUGCUGCUGCCCAGCAGAGGAGAGGUGGCGCCGCACACCUUUUGCCGGGUCAACAAGAACCUGAACACGGGCAUGUGGGGACCCGCUCUGUUCCUGUGCUACAAGAGAGCAGUGGCCAAAGCCAACGCGUUGCUGUUUGAGGCCGGUCUGAUCAGCCGGUACCCGCAGGAGGACCAGGACGCCUUCCCGCUGCCCGAGUCCGUGCCCGUCUUCUGUCUGCCCAUGGGGGUGUCUGUGGAGAGCUGGCCGCUCAACACCAAGUACCAGCUGCCCAUCUUCUCCACCUUCGUACUGACCUCCGCCUGCGGGGACAAGGUCUACGGUGCCGCGCUCCAGUUCUACGAGUCCUUCUCCAGAGAGCUGCUGUCGGAGCGGCAGAGCGUCCGGCUCGGUCUGCUCAGCGUGGUGGACCGCCGGCCAAUCAGCAGCCGCAGCCUCCACGUAAAGAAGAGCAUCUGCGUCCUCUCCCACUGGCCCUUCUUCACCGUCUUCCAGAAGUUCCUCACCUUCAUCUACAGAUACUCCAUCUCUGGACCGCACGUCCUCCCACUCGAAAAACACAUCUCCAGCUUCAUGCACAAUGUCCCGUUUCCCUCCCCCCAGCGGCCUCGGAUCCUAGUUCAGCUCUCCCCGUACGACAACCUGCUGCUGUGCCAGCCGGUGUCCUCCCCCCUCCCUCUCAGUGGUGCCAGUUUCCUGAAGCUGCUGCAGAACCUCGGUCCAGAGAACACCUGUACGCUGCUUCUGGCCGUCCUCACCGAACACAAGCUGCUGCUGCACUCGCUGAGACCCGACGUCCUCACCUCCGUCAGCGAGGCGCUCGUGUCCAUGACCUUCCCGCUGCGCUGGCCGUGUCCCUACAUCCCUCUGUGCCCGCUGCAGAUGGCCGACGUUCUGCUGGCGCCCAUGCCCUUCAUGGUGGGCGUCCACUCCAGCUACUUUGACCUGUAUGACCCCCCAGCAGAGGUGGUGUGCGUGGACCUGGACACCAACACCAUUUUUCAGUCAGAAGACAAGAAGCUGUUGUCAUGGCGAUCGUUACCCAGGAAACCUGGGAAGACUCUCUUCAACACGCUGAGCGGCCUCCACAGGACCCUGGAGAAGAUUUGCAGCCCCGGCCUGGAGGAGGCGACGCUCGAGUUCCUGCUGACCGACUACGACCAGAUCUACCGGCGGCAGAAGCAGCUGGAGCUGGAGAUCCAGGAGGCCUUCCUGCGCUUCAUGAGCUGCCUGCUGCGAGGAUACCGCGCCUUCCUGCUGCCCAUCACGCAGGCGCCGUCUGACACCGCCACCGACUGCAGCUCCCUGUUCAACCUGCAGGGCUUCCUGAAGUCUCGCGAUCGGACGCAGCAGAAGUUCUACAGCCAGCUGACCCGGACUCAGAUGUUCACGCAGUUCAUCCAGGAGUGCUCCUUCGUCAGCGACCGCCACGCCUGCCUGGAGUUCUUUGAUGAGUGCGUGCAGAAGGUGGACGUGGAGAAGCCGGAGGAGGUGAGGCUGAUCGACCUGGAGGAGACGCACAGCGGGGAGCACACCGUCUUCAUCAUGCCCCCCGAGGAGCCCCAGGAGGCUGACGGCUCGGAAUGCCCCGCCCUCUACAGCUAUGACACCUUCCCCAUCCUGAACCCGGAGCUCCUGGAGCACCCGCAGGACCAGCUGCGCGUCCCGGCCAAAGGCAGCGCCCCCAGCAGCCCCGCCCCCCGACGCACCAAACAGGAGAUCAAACUGGCCCAGAAGCGAGCCCAGAAGUACUCGGCGGUUCCGGAGAUGUGGUCCAAGUGUCUCCUGGGUCACUGCUACGGCCUGUGGUUCAUCUACCUGCCCACCUUCGUCCGCGCCGAGACCGCCAAAGUCCGCGCGCUGCACACGGCGUACGAGGUGCUCAAGCACAUGGAGAACCGCAAGGUGGUUCUGCCGGACGAGGUGUGCUACAGGAUCCUGAUGCAGCUGUGCGGUCAGUACGGCCAGCCGGUCCUCGCCGUGCGGGUUCUGCUGGAGAUGAAGAAGGCUGGAAUCACCCCCAACACCAUCACCUACGGAUACUACAACAAGGCCAUCCUGGAGAGCAAGUGGCCCUCCACCAGUCAGGGGGGGCGGCUCCGCUGGGCCAAACUGCGUAACGUCCUGCUGGCCGUGGCCCACUUCAGACGGCCAAUCAAAGCGCGGCAGAAGAGCGGCUCUGUGGGCUCCAGAGGACGUCCCACCUGUGCAGACUCGGCCGUCGCUGAGGACCUGAAGCCCCGCCCACACUCGGCUCUGAUUCGUCAGUCCAGCUGGAGCGGUCUGAGCGAGAGCUCCAGCCACGAGUCUCUGAGCGGUCCGCUGGUGAAGAGCAGCAGCCUGAGCAGCAUGAGGCCGCCCGCCGACAAGUCCAGGCCCUCCAGGAGGAGCGCUCCUCACCACGCCGGCACCAACGGCUGCGCCGCCUCCCAGAAACCUCCUUCGGGGCUGCGGGACAGCUCCACCCCGCCUCCAGCGCCCCCGGGGGGGGAUGUGGUCCCCCGCAGUCAGGUCUGCCUCUCCUCCUUCUACAGAGACUGCGCAGAGACCGACUGCAGCUCCUGCGAGCCAGAGCACGGAGAUGGCAGGUCGGUGCGCCCACCCCUUUCUGAGGGCGCCGCCAGGAGGACGGCGGUGGACGAGAACUGCAACCACGUGUCCUCGCCCAGCCGGGGGCUGGCAGGAAAGCUGCAGCAGCUCCUCACCCCCACCAAGAAAGGGGCGGGGCGACGAGCCACCAGCGUGGACGACCGCCGCCCUGGAGGGGGGCGGGGCAUCGGGCGAAGGGUGUCGGACCAGAGGCAGUCCAGGAAGGCUCAGGUGGCCGAGACGCUGCUGAAGGCCAAAGAGAGGCUGGUCAACGCCACGUCUGAGAGCUCGCUGUCUGUAGGAAGUGACCUGGACCUGCUGGACACGCCCACUCCAGCGUUCCCUUUGCGUAGGUCCUGGGACUCCAACCAGGACGGGACGGGCAUGGAGGUUCUGAUGUCCAGCUGCUCGCCGUGCCGCAGCUGCAACUCUCUGGUCUACGACGAGGAGAUCAUGGCGGGAUGGACGUCCGACGACUCCAACCUCAACUCUUCCUGCCCCUUCUGCUCCGCCUCCUUCGUGCCGCUCCUGAACGCCGAGAUCUGCGACCUCGGACCCGUCAGCAGCACUGAGCGCUGCAACCUGAACCUGGAGGACGAGGUGGAGAGCGCCGUCAGGCCCCCCAGCGCCGCCGAGCCCCCCCAGCAGUGCAACGGUCUGAGCGAGGACUCCAGCUCUGAGACCAGCAUCUACUCUGAGACCAGCCGGACCACCACGUCGGAGAGUGCUGCGGUGAGGAUCCGCCUCCUGUGGGACACCCUGACGCCAGACACUGACCAGUGGCCCCCCCUCUACAUCCUGUGGAGGAUCCACAGCGGCGCCCCCAUGAGAGUGUACAGCUGGAGGAGGCACAACCACCCCUUCAGCCUGUCCUUCCUGGAGGAGAUGCUGCGCUACGUGGGCAUGAACGAGGUGCACAAGGCCGUCGCGCUCUUCCUGGAGACGCUCGCCAAGCAGGGCUCCGCCCGGAUCCAGAGGAGUCUGUACAGGGAGCUGCUCUUCCUCACUUUGGCUGCCAUGGGCAAAGACCACGUAGCGGCCUUCGAUAAGAAGUACAAGGCGGCGUGCUCGCGGCUCGCCGGCUCCAUGAGUCAGGACGAGCUCCGGAGGAAGCGGGCUCUGCCCCCCAGCACCAAAGCCGUCGACUGCCGGCGCAGCUUCCACCCCCCCCUGGAGUGCUGAGGGGGCUUUGGGUCCGGCGGGAGCUGGGAACUCCCCGUUCCGGGCUUCCUGAGUCUCCUCCAUCCGUGUUUGAACCGGAUUAGCUGAUGCGGGCCUGAGGUUCUGGACGUCCCGACCUCUGAACCAGGAGAAGUUGUUCUGAUCCGGAGCGUCCUCUCCUUCAAACCUACUGACAGGUGUGAGUCCUGAAACCUCAGAAGGAGCGUGAAGGCGCUGCAGGAACGCCGGCAGGUGUGUCGUCCUCGGUGGGCGGUCCCUUCCUCACCUGCCCGCAGCCUGAAGACCCAAAGCUCAGAGACUCCGCUGGCGUCGGGACCGUCUGCCUCUCCGCCGACUGAUCUGCUGGUCUCUGAUCUGCUGCCAUGAAACUGCAGACAGUCAGAGCAGCUUCCUGUGGAGGCGGAGUCUGGGCGGAGCCUCCAUCAGGACAGCGGCGUCAGAUUGAGCUGCUCCUCUGUAAAUAUGUCUGAGAGACGUUUGUUCUUCUGACCUGCUCAGAGAAGAUCAGCAUGAAGCUCAGUGACAUCACUUCCUGUUUAUUUACAGCAACUUCCUGUUUCAUGUCAAAUUUUAUUUAUUGAUGUUCUUUCUGAACCAAGAAGAUCGGAGCGCCACUGAGCAUGCUCAGUUCCUCUCUACACUUGUUUGUUCUUUUGAUCAUCACUCCUUUAUCUAACUCCUCCCCCUGACGUAUGACUCCUCCCCCUGCUCGACCCAACUCCGCCUCUCCAUGGUUCUGAGCGUGUCCGGUUCUGUUUGACCUGCAUUACUGGUGUUUAAGUUUUGUGUCUCUCCUCACUGCUCCGGUUCUAAAGCUGGACCGGCUCCGCUCCGAGCCUCCGGGUCCGACCAGAACCGGAACCCAGUUUGCUGUUAUUUAUUUCUGGUGUAAAUGUUUGUUUUUUUAAGAAAACCGAAAUAAACGACGGUCCUUAAACGGA